CCCGGUGCGAAGACGAGCUUACUGAACCCGAGAGCAUGAACAAUCUCGCGAACGCGAGCGUGCAUUCCGAUGCCCACUGAAGGAACAUCUGAAAAAACAAACAUAAACACACACACACAUCGGGAUACUAUUUCGCUCAGAUACUGACUCAUUCAUUUCGAUGCCAGUCAGAGACCGUAUGAAACGUAUUAUAAAGGAAAGGCAAUACGCAUAGAAAGACACCGAAGCACUCCAGCCUUGUUUCCUGCGCUACCAGAGAGACUGGAUUGCAAAGUGUCCAGUUUCAACAGAACCGUGGCUCUUCCUGGCGUGGCAUGCGCGAGGACUGAAACGGAUCGCUUUGAACUCCUGCUUUCACCCAAAGAGGGUUCAAUGAAAAUGUCCAUCUGCGUCCACGAGAACCGUAAGUCACGUGCCAGCACGGGGUCCAUGAACAUCUACCUGUUCCACAAGUCGUCGUAUGCGGACAGCGUGCUGAUGCACCUGAACGCACUGCGGCAGCAGAAGCUGUUCACGGACGUGCUGCUGCAUGCUGGGAGCCGCUCGUUCCCGUGCCACCGGGCCGUGCUGGCGGCCUGCAGUCGCUACUUCGAGGCCAUGUUCAGCGGCGGCCUGCGGGAGAGCCAGGCCAGCGAAGUGAACUUCCACGACUCGCUGCACCCCGAGGUGCUGGAGCUGCUGCUGGACUACGCCUACUCCUCGCGCCUGCUCAUCAGCCAGGAGAACGCCGAGUCCCUGCUGGAGGCUGGGGACAUGCUGGAGUUCCAGGACAUCCGGGACGCCUGCGCCGAGUUCCUGGAGCGGAACCUGCACCCCACCAACUGCCUGGGCAUGCUGCUGCUGUCGGACGCCCACCAGUGCACCAAGCUGUCCCAGCUCUCCUGGGGCAUGUGCCUCAGCAACUUCCCCACCAUCUGCAAGACCGAGGACUUCCUGCAGCUGCCCAAAGACCUACUGGUGCAGCUGCUGUCCCACGAGGAGCUGGAGACAGAGGACGAGAGGCUGGUGUACGAGUCUGCCUUCAACUGGGUGAACUACGACCUUGAGCGGAGGCACUGCCACCUGCCCGAGCUGCUGCGCACCGUGCGCCUGGCCCUGCUGCCCGCCAUCUUCCUCAUGGAGAACGUCUCCACGGAGGACCUCAUCACCCAGCAGGCCCAGAGCAGGGAGCUGGUGGACGAGGCCAUCCGCUGCAAGCUGAAGAUCCUGCAGAACGACGGCGUGGUGACCAGCCUGUGCGCCCGGCCCAGGAAGACCAGCCACGCCCUCUUCCUGCUGGGUGGCCAGACCUUCAUGUGCGACAAGCUGUACCUGGUGGACCAGAAGGCCAAAGAGAUCAUUCCCAAGGCUGACAUCCCCAGCCCCCGCAAGGAGUUUAGCGCCUGCGCCAUCGGGUGCAAGGUGUACGUGACGGGGGGGCGGGGCUCGGAGAAUGGCGUGUCGAAGGACGUGUGGGUGUACGACACGCUGCAGGAGGAGUGGAGCAAGGCCGCGCCCAUGCUGAUCGCGCGGUUUGGGCAUGGCUCGGCUGAGCUCCAGCAUUGCCUGUAUGUGGUGGGGGGACACACAGCAGCCACCGGCUGCCUCCCGGCCUCCCCCUCCGUCUCGCUCAAGCAGGUGGAGCAGUUCGACCCGGCCGCCAACAAGUGGACCAUGGUGGCGCCUCUCCGGGAGGGCGUGAGCAACGCGGCUGUCGUCAGCGUCAAACUCAAGCUCUUUGCCUUUGGAGGCACCAGCGUGAGCCACGACAAGCUUCCCAAGGUGCAGUGCUAUGACCCGCUGGAGAACCGCUGGGCGGUGCCCGCCUCGUGCCCCCAGCCCUGGCGCUACACCGCCGCUGCCGUCCUGGGCAGCCAGAUCUUCGUCAUGGGCGGGGACACAGAGUUCUCCGCCUGUUCCGCCUACAAGUUCAGCAGCGAGACGUACCAGUGGACUAAGGUGGGCGACGUCACGGCCAAACGCAUGAGCUGCCAGGCAGUGGCUUCUGGAAAUAAACUCUACGUGGUAGGCGGCUAUUUCGGCACGCAGCGGUGUAAAACCCUGGAUUGCUAUGACCCGUCGUUAGACACGUGGAAUAGUAUCACGACCGUGCCGUACUCACUCAUCCCCACGGCCUUCGUUAGCACCUGGAAACAUCUCCCUGCAUAGAGGCAGCGCUCGACCACGGAGAUUUCCCCUUUUUGUUUUCUCAACACAUCUGCUAGAUGUCAACUGUGAAGAAGCACACUUUAUUUUUUUGGCAUGAAGGAUAAACUAUUGAAAGUGGGGGGUUGUUCUGCGUGACAGAGAUGACGUCUGUGUCCCUGGGAGAACAUGAAGGACUGACCCCCCUCUUCCACGCUUUUACUGCUUGACAUUCUCAAGGCAUUGAUCGUAAUGCGAGUGAGGACUGACUGGGUCUCCAGCUCUUUCUAACUAAGGAUGGCUGCAGGAGGGAGCAGGUUACUGGAGCUGAGCUCUUAUUAAUGGACUCGGGUGUACGUGAGUCUUCCUCGUCUCACGUUCAGUAGACUACAGGCAGAUUGAAAAUGGCCACCACCCCAUGCUGCAGGGUGUUGGGCAACAUGUCUGGACAUGUCCUUUAGAGCAAACAUACAGCUGGACCAUAGCAGUGCUAACAGCACGAGGAAAAGGCUCUUCCUGUAGGUGGGGGGUAUGGGGGGUGGGGGGAACUGGAAUCCUCCCUAUCAAUGGCAGAAAAAGAGAUAAAUGCAAGAAAGUCUUAAGUCUUAAAACCUCACUGUAAUGUAUGUUCUAAUCUUUAUUUAUGAUGAAAAUGUGCUUUGUUUAAUGACAGAAUAUUUGGGAUGAACAUAAUUUAUUGUUUUGCUUGUUAUAUAAGCCCACAGCCUUGUUUUGUGCCCUGCAUGGCCAGCGUUCCUGUAGUUGCUGAGUGUUUUGAUUGGCAGGCUGUAUUUGCACAUUUCGGGUUUCUCAGCUAUAGAAGCGCGUCCAGCUUCCUGUUUGCAGUGGAGCCACAGGGGGCGGGCCUCUGGCUGCCGGGGUACCUUGUGAUUGGUCCUGAUUCCAGAUUGACAUGGACGGAUUAUCAUUUCACAGAUGAGACCCUUGAUGAGUGACACAGCUUGUCCAGUGUUUUUAAAAGGAAUAUUUCCCGAGGAGGCAAAAAUUCUGCAGUUUUCAGAUGAAUGCCAAAACUAAUUCUGCAUUGGGAAUUGAAUCCUAAAUAUACAUUCAUAUAAAAUAUACAUCCUUUUUUUAAUGGAGUCCAAAAUGCAUCUCCUGUGCUUGCAGUCAGAAGAUUCUCCCUGUAAAAGUGAACUGCUGUGGAUGUACUCAUCAUAGUCAUUCCAUUAUCCAUUAGCUGAUUCUGAUGUUGGGUUUGCCACCAGGCCAGUAGUUUUUAUUGGCGUUGAUGUCCAUGUGUGUCAUUUUGAACGACAGCCAGUAUUUUCAAGCCUAUGAGGUCAUUUGCUGUUCCCUAGUGAAGUGUGUACUGGUAAACUGGUAAAUUUUAAUACUGUUUUCAAUACAUCUGUCUAAAAAUAUCAUAAUAUCAUAAUGCAUAAUUACUCCAGUCUCCUACACAUAAUAUAACCAAUAAUGGAAAAAUAUUGAAAUAGAUCUAUUUAAUUGAGGGAACAGACAAUUUUUAGAUUUCAAAGGUGACAUACAGAAGCUGGUGUAAUUAGGAUGUUUUGAUGUCCACAUGUCAAAUAUGUGUACUAAUCAAAUGAGAAUCUCACAGAACCUCUAAUUUGCUGCUUUGUUGCCCAGUAAAACAUGAUGGGUUUGCAUCUUGGUUCAUUCAGUUGUCACAGAUGUACUAAUAGCAUAUCCUGCUGCACAACUGCACAACUGCAUUAAGAGCACAUCCAUUAUCCCUCACCUGUUAAUUGCUGCUGGAAUCUUUUCAUCCUGAGGGCUCUGUGAAGUCUGUAUUUUCUGUUGCACACAAAGUCUGAUGUCAUUGCCUGGAGUUCAGUGGUCUUCCUGUCGCAGGAUGAAUAUUUAUCCUAUUGUUGAUUCAUUUUAAGGGGCUGUCUGCUGGCAGUACAGGAAAAAUACAGGAGCUGACUUGUCUUGCUGCCUUUCUGUUUUUACCACCACAAGAUCAUUCUACUCAGGAAGAUUGAACACUCAUACCACCAUCUUUACCAGAUCUUACUUACUGCCACUGGUGUUUGAUUAUCCCCUGCUACACCUGGGGCCGCAUGUGUCUGCAAUUUCCCCAUUUUCUGGACAGUAUUACCGAAAAAGGAAGUUAUUCAUUAGAAUCCUGGAUUCCAUACCCCCCCCCCCCCCCCCCUUGUUCUCUUAUGACGUGUUAUUCUCAGCCCCCCCAGGAACUGUGUCAAAUGCAGAUAACCAGGCCUGUCCAGCACAUGACCGCAGGCCUCGCCCAGCUGUGUGUGUGUGUGUGUGUGUGUGUGUGUCUCACUGAGCAGCUGUAGUGUACCGUGCCUCCGCCUGCUUCUGUGUCACAGUUGUCUUUACUCUGUGUCCCAUAGUGUCCUGUGUGCUUGCCUGGGCUUUGCCUGGUUUGAUCUAGCUGUGUUCGCUAAUCUUCAAUCCAGCUUCAGCUACGUAUGUCUCCUGAGUGUGAUUACUGUAAAGAGCUGUGUGUUACGUGGGGAAAAUGGCCUUUGUAAUUCGUGCUUAUUGUCGAGCAGGAUAUGCAUGACGUGUUGUGAAAACAACAACAUAAACAAUAUAUUUAAGGCUAGAAAGACCUGACCCAAAACUCAUGACUUAAAAUAGUGAAAUUGUACAGUUCUCUUCAGCAGUGUCAUUGCUGCUCUACGCUGACCGUGGACACCUCUCCAUCCCGAGACUGUGCGGGAUGCCCGGGUGGCGUAACAGACGGGGGAAUUCUGGCAUGUGAUUUCCACCCCGGGCACAAUCCGCUGGACGCUGCACUUUGGAAUCUCAGAAUCAGAUAAGGAGCACUUUCCUUUCAGCCUGAGGGUUGCUAUGGCUACGCCCAACAAAGAGCCACUUUCCUGUUCCAAUGUGGACUGUCUGAGGCUGAAGUCUGACACAUGGACUGAUUGGACAUGAUUACAUCGCUCGUGCUCUGGCUGAGUCCGACACGCUCUGUGCAGCCAUUAAAACAUGUUUAGUGCACGAAACAUGAUGAUGCUUCAAUGUGGGAGUGUAUUCAUUUUGUUUGGAUCAGAUUUUUUUUGGACUACUGCAAUUAAACAUUUUGUACUAGUGGAUUUUUUUCACAGUGUGAAAUCAUGGCUAAUAAACAAGAGUUUUUCUCUUUAUUGUA